AUGGCGGCUCCCGUGUGGCGGCGGUGCCUGAGGCGGCUGCGUGAGGUCGCGCCCUGGCGGAGCAGCCUCCAUCACCGUGGAAACACUGCCCUGAGCCACUUCCCACAGCCCUUCUGGAAGCCGCCCCUCAGAGCCUUCUCGAAAAAUGCCAGACAAGUGCACACUGCUCCUGCACGAGCCUUGUUCCGGUUGCGCCCCCUGCCCAUUCUGGUUUUGACUGGCGGCGGCGGGUACGCGGGUUACCGGCAGUAUGAGAAGUAUAGGGAGCAAGAGCUGGAGAAGCUGGGAUUGGAGAUUCCGCCCAAACUCGCAGGUCCCUGGGAGGUGGCGUUGUACAAGUCGGUGCCCACGCGCUUGCUGUCGCGGGCCUGGGGUCGCCUUAACCAGGUGGAGCUGCCGCACUGGCUGCGCAGGCCCGUCUACAGCCUGUACAUCUGGACCUUCGGGGUGAACAUGAAGGAGGCGGCCGUGGAGGACCUGCACCACUACCGCAACCUCAGCGAGUUCUUCCGGCGCAAGCUGAAGCCGCAGGCCCGGCCCGUGUGCGGCCUGCACAGCGUGAUCAGCCCGUCAGAUGGGAAGAUCAUCAACUUCGGGCAGGUGAAGAACUCGGAGGUGGAGCAGGUGAAGGGCGUCACCUACUCGCUGGAGUCGUUCCUGGGCCCGCGCACCUCCGUGGAGGACCUGCCCUUCCCACCAGCCGCCUCCCACUCCUUCCGGAGCCAGCUGGUCACCCGAGAAGGGAACGAGCUCUACCACUGCGUCAUCUACCUGGCCCCCGGGGACUACCACUGCUUCCACUCGCCCACCGACUGGACCGUGUCCCACCGGCGCCACUUCCCAGGCUCCCUGAUGUCCGUGAACCCUGGCAUGGCCCGCUGGAUCAAAGAGCUCUUCUGCCACAACGAGCGGGUGGUCCUGACCGGGGACUGGAAACACGGCUUCUUCUCGCUGACAGCCGUGGGGGCCACCAACGUGGGCUCCAUCCGCAUCUACUUUGACCGGGACCUGCACACCAACAGCCCGCGGUACAGCAAGGGCUCCUACAACGACUUCAGCUUCGUGACCCAGGCCAACAGGGAGGGCAUCCCCAUGCGCAAGGGCGAGCACCUGGGCGAGUUCAACCUGGGCUCCACCAUCGUGCUCAUCUUCGAGGCCCCCAAGGACUUCGACUUCAAGCUGAAAGCGGGACAGAAAAUCCGGUUUGGGGAGGCCCUGGGCUCCCUCUAG